GCCACAGCUAACGGAACCCAGCAGGUGGACACAUGGAGCAGAGUUUACAUAUGGGUAGAUAGAUGAUCAGUACGCAAAUCAGAUUGGCAGGCGAGAGCAGAUGGUCGACUAUUGAAUACAGCGGUCUUUUUUUAGCAAGUAGCAGCUUAUCUUGACCGUCGGUAGAGCAAACGCAAUAGAAACUGAGUUACGGACGCGAAACGGUGAUUUUGUUUGGCACUCACAGUCUACGUUUUGACAAGAUGGUGCCGGUUUCUAAAGUUGCGUUCAUGCAGCUGUCCAUUUUAUGUUUCUGCUUAGCAGCUGUCGUUCCGAUGGUGGCUGGCGGCAGCAACGAUUGUCAGUACGAGUGUAUGGGCUAUGGCUCCCCUUGCCUCAGCGCUUGCCAGAGUUGCAUCAAAACGACUCCCUCCGGCUGCACUACCUACUAUUCAGCUUACAGCGGGUGCUACUAUGGCUGUGGGUGGCGGUGGACCUGGUGGGGCUCCCUUAUAGUCACGCUCGUCAUCCUCGGCGUUGCACUCUGCUGUGGCGCGUGCGUGUACCAGUCCAUGCGCAAGCGCCGCAUGCAACAAGAGCAGGAAAUGGCUGCCCAUGCAGCGCAGCAGGGCCAGUACUACCAGCAAUCAGGAGGAGGGCCAGAACCCGUGCCAGGUUACCCCGUUGCGGGCAUGCCGCCUGGUGGUUACGCUUACCCACCUCCUCCUCCAGGUGGUUACCCGCCCCCUCCACCGGGGGGUUACCCCCCGCCCCCUCCUGGUGGUUACCCUGCACCUCCUCCUGGUGGCUAUCCACCACAACCAGCAGGAGGAGCAUGUGCACCUCCGUUGUCCUCCACUCCACUUGCCUGAACAUGCCCGUGUUGAUUCAGCUGAUAUCUGCUUCGAGCUUGUAGCUACUAAGUGUGUUCGUGGCGGGUCAUCCAUCACAUCUCAACCAGCAGUGGGGUCUGUCAAACAUAUAUUGAUAUGUUAUAGACUAGAUAGGUGCAGUCCUGUAGAGAGUACAACCCCUUAGGCAAAACUACCUUGUACCUCUCAUUCUAUUCAAUCUGUUACUCUGAGAUA